GUUGGCUAAAUGCUUUAAUUUUUAUUGCUCAAUCUUAUUUUAUUAUUUCAUUUUAUAUUUUUCAUGGUUUUGACACUUAAAGAGCCAGUGUAGCUUUUAAACACUACAUGGAGACUUUCUAGCCCUGUCAGCAGGUUCACAUGUUGAGUGAUGUUCCAUGUUCUGCAAUGCAAAGGGCACACAAUGCAUGCCACAAACCCGGAAGUCAUUUCUGCAAUUUGAUUGGCUGUAGAAGACGCUGCCCGCGUCCUGAUUGGGUGUGUCGCGCAGCGCUGCGUGCCGAUUGGCUGCGGAGCGUUCGGACCGUGACGUGUGUGGUCGCCGCUGGUGUUGCCGAAAAGGCUCCGGGAUGAUGGCGCUCAAGUUCAGUGAGGAGGAUUUCCAGGAGGCAUGGAGGGAGCUGGACCAUCCAGCUAUACAGGAGCCAUGGCAACUGUUCACAGAAUCCAUGGGCUUCCAGAUAUACCGACUGCAAGACCAGGUACAGCCUGACUGAGCUACUGUGCUUGGGGACAGGUCAGAGGUCUCAUACAGUCACUAACAUUGAAUCACAAUGUAUAAAUUCUGUAUUCUACCAUCAAUAUUAAAUGUAAAAUAAGGCAUUGGUACCCAGUGCUGUUAUUGAAAUUGCUCUUCAUAUACUUUAAGUUUUAAUAUAAAUUAAUCCCAUUUCCAAUUUUAUUAAAGAUAUUUCUAGUCUCCAAAUAUUGCAGUAUUGUUUUGAUAUCUAUUUUCAUUAAAGUGUAAGCUUCACAGACCAGUAAUAUGCCACUGGAAGCAGCAGACGUAGUUGUGAAAGCUCGCACUCUUAGGAAACAUCCCACUACAUCUAAAAGUGGUUUUGGUGCAUUGACUGUGUCUGACAUACGUAAAUGAUACGGCUUUGUUUACAUUUGUCACUAAGGAUGAGUGCCAAUCAGACAGCCACUAGGGGCACUUCCUUGUGAACACUUUUAAUAAUUAAGUGGACACGCCGCAACAACUUUUAUCUAAAUGAAGUUGUUAUGGUGACAGGAGGCCCCGGGCACACUCUUACAUUAAGGGGACACAUUAAAUGACACGUUAUCUGAGUUCAGCUCGGCGGUAUGAGGUUCAGCUUAUUGGCUGAGAGUGAUAGGUUGAAGCACUUAGCCAAUGAGCUAGCCUUGCUUCUUGCUUAGGAGCUACUGGCUCUCCUUAGGAAGUAGUAGAAGCAGAAGUGGCACCUGGCAGAACCCAGGUCAUAAGUCAAACCAUUCUCAAAAGGGUAGGGGGAGGUGUGCACCAUAACCACUAUAGUGAGCUAUAGUAGUUUUGGUACUUGGAGUGUUCCUUUAAGCCUUAUCAUAUAAUUUGUAUAUGUGUGCAAUUUACAUAUAUCUGUACUUGUAUCUUUAAAAAAUAAAUUGAAAUGAUAUGUGAGAAAACAAAUCUGUUCCAAGUCUGUACGGUAGAAAAGCGAUAUCAAAGCCCAGGUUAAGGAAGCAGGACCUCUUGACUUUUGCCGUCUCAAUGCCCCUAUUUCUUGGGUUGUCCUUUCCUUUGAGGAACAAAUAUAGAGAAGGCAAACAUAUAGGUCAUCCUGGUUCGUGUGAAAAGGAAAUUAGAGUGGGGAAGUACAGAUUCAUGACAGUACUUAAAAGCUACAGACUAAUGUGCCUGACACAGUACCAUUGAGAAAGGUGUUAAUGUUAUGGGUUGAUUCCUUUUUAGUAAAAAAACAAAGUACUCUCUCGCUUAGGGGCGUCCAAAUUAGGACACCUGACAAAAGAUCACUGCCUGCCAAUGGGUGGAGGGCCAUACAUCAAAAACUCUAACAGCCCUGAUGUUUAUGUUGGAGGCAAUCUAAUCAAGAAAUGGACACAGAGUCUUCUAUACAGUUUUUUAAAGGAACGCUCCUAGCAUUAUAACUAUUAAAGCUUAUUGUAGUGGUUAUGGUGCUAGGAAUGCCAUUGUGCCCUCCCAAGGUAAGUAGUCAAACUGUCUACAAAUGAUUUGACAGCUUUCCUGGGGUAUGAUGUGCGCCGUGUGCUGCCAGAGGCUCCCUGCAUUGAGCUAAUGCCGGCUGUGCAGGAUUGACUUCAUUGGCUGAGAGCAGUCAACUGACACUGUCCGCCAUGGUUAAAAAAUGGAAGCUCUCUAACCCCAACAUAGGCCACAUAGUUUACACGCCUACCACACCUGGUCAAUGCAGGAUUAGAUGGAUCUGACGUAGGUCAACCACACCAGACAUCCCCAUGGGCGUAGGAACGCCCAAAAAUCUGGGGGGGGGUAGCAUUUUUUCUCGCCGGGUAUAUUCUUAUUCCGUAAACUAGGAAUUGUUUAUCCCAUUGUACAGAAUUUGCUGGCGCUAUAUAAAUGAUAAAAUAACAUCAAAGGGUCACUACAGGGAAGGGGUUUUACUUACCUGGAUACAGCGCCGGGAUCCUCCUGAUGCCGUGCCCCCUAUUUCGUCAAAAUGACGAAAUAGGAGGGUGCGAGCAGGGAGCAAUAAAACGCUUUUAUUCAGAAGCGUCAUUGCUCUCUGGUGCGCAUGCGCAGCUUUGCCGCACAUGCACAGAUACUUCAUAGGGCGGCAUUCGUGUCUCGACUAGGAAGCACCUCUAGUGGCCAUCUGAGUGUCCACUAGAGGUAUUCCUCAGCAGUAAUGUAAAUACUGCCUUUUUACGAAAUGGCAGUGCUUACAUUAAAAAGCCUGCAAAGACAUGCUAUAGACACCAGAUCUACUACGUUUAGCUGUUGUGGUUCUGGUGACUAUAGUGUCCCUUGAAUAUAGAGGGGGAAAAAGAAUCAUCACAAAUGUAAGAAAUAAAAUGUCUGUAUCCUUAUUCUAAAAAUUAUUUUAAAAAAAUAUGCACAUUCCUAGCUUAAUUUUUAGCACGACAUAUGGCACAAACAUUUAGUACUUUGCAGAUUACUUUUUAUAUACAUAUACAGAUUGUGUAAUACUGCCCCUGACUUAGGGUGACCACAUUUCCUAACUGCCAUUCAGUGACACUUUCAGAAGUGCAUUCCAUACAUUUUACUACCCGUCUCUACCCCUUCCAUUUAUAUUAGAACCCCGCCUACCCCUUCCAUGAAUAUUAGAACCACCCCUACCCCUCCCAUGAAUAUUAGAACCACCCCUACCCCUUCCAUGCACAUAAGAACCCCCCCUCCCCCAUCCAUAUUAGUAGCCCCCCUAAACCCUUCCAAUUAUUUUUCUACCUACCCCUUCCCCUAUCCAUAUUAGUAGCCCCCCUAAACCAUUCCAAUUAUUUUUCUACCUACUCCUCCCCAUCCAUAUUAGUAGCCCCCAAACCCUUCCAAUUAUUUUUCUACCUACCACUCCCCCUAUCCAUAUUAGUAGCCCCCCUAAACUAUUCCAAUUAUUUUUCUACCUACCCCUCCCCCAUCCAUAUUAGUAGCUCCCCUAAACCCUUCCAAUUAUUUUUCUACCUUUGUCCCCUCUUUUACCUGACAUAGCAGGGGGACCUCUGGACGUCCGGCGGGCGCAGUGUCAGACUGAGCGCCGGGUAGUCAUGUGACACCCUGUGCGGAGGGGGAGGUGCUCCCCUUCACAGUCUGCAGUGCGUGCGGUUCCCUGAUGGAGCCGCACGCAGCCCAAGGGCACCCGCGGCCGGCAGGCUGGGGGGAAUUUCUCUAUAACCUGUCCCCCCCGCAUGAUUUGCUGGGGGGGGAUGAGUCCCUCCCAUCCCCCCCGGUUCCUAUGGACAUCCCUGAAAUGUAUUAUAAUGAUACACUAAGUUGUAAGCUUAUUAGUUUAUAGUGUCUCAUAUGUUACAAUUAUUGCCCCAAGCCCAUAUGUGAAGCCAUACGUUUGAUGUUGUUAUAACUCAUAUAAAAGAAAAGUGUUUUAUUGUAUGUAUAACACCAAUAAAAUACAAAUUGAAAAAAAAAAUGUUAGCUCCCGACAAAAUCUUCUGGCUGCAGAUUAGGCUUCGACUGGUACCCAUCGGACCCAAGAUAAGUUGUCAGACUGUUCUGAAACAGUUUGACUGCGUACUGUGAGAGAGCACCAGGGCCCUCCUGGCACCACAACUACUACAGCAAGAUGAAGUGCUUAUGGUGCUUAAGAGCGUUCCUAAAAUACAGAUACUCUCCAGGAAAAAUGGCAUCUGUUACCAGCAACCUUAUUUUAUAAAAUAUCUUAAAUCGCCAUUUACCUUGUUUGUGCCGUGCUGAUGUGACCUUUUUAAGCUCAUUAUUAUACUGGCAUUUUUAUAGCGCCAACUUAUUCCGCAGUGCUGUACAAUGUUAUAAAGGAGGGAAUUUAACAAUAAAUAAUACAAACUAUUACAAAGUUUAAUGGGAAUGAUAGAUUGAUGAGGACCCUGCUCAAACCUGCUUUCAAUAGAGCUAGAUAUAAAUACAGCUUGACCAUCAGGUUGACAUUGUUCCUGUUGUAACAUUGAUCUUUGUGCUUAAUUUCCAGGAAUCUGGCCUGUAUCAAUAUAAAGUUUAUGGAGGCCUUAGCGACUGCCUUCCUGAGCUAUUUGCUGAUGUGUACAUGGAUUUAGAAUAUAGAAAGAAGUGGGAUCAGUAUGUAAACGGUUAGUGCAAUUCACAUGUUUUUCUUUUAUGAGAGGACAAUGCUGUAAUGUCAGGUGACUUAAAGGAAAACUGCAAUUUUUAUUUUAUUUAGAAUAAAAAAUAUGUAUUACAGUCUCUGUGUUUAUUAUUUUGUAUUGCAUACAUAUAAGUACCUAUAUCAGCGUUUCAUCUGGCUUACCCAUUUUGCAUGGGGCAGCUAUCUUAAGUCCUCUUUGGUCAAAAGCACUCCUUAUUCAACUAAAACAUAUAAAUACCAAUUUCAUUGAAAUUCAAGAUUACAUUCAACAGCCAUUAUCACAUUUUUCUGCCACAAAUAAAAAUUACUAGCUGGCUAAUCUAAUGACAUUCAAUUCUCUGUGCUUAGUACAUAGAAGGUAUCAUAUCAGUGUUAUUGAACCCCCUGUGGAAUCAAACGCCCUCCUUUUAUUCGUAUACAUUUUUCUAGAAUUUUUGGCAAACCAGGACAUGAUGAGUAACGUGAAUAAUAACUAAAAAAUGUUUAAAAGAAACAAGAUGAAUUAGGCCAGCCCAAAACCUUUGCUAACAUACAAACACGACGACAAAACUUCAAUAAAAAGAGAUGGGGGGCUGGUGGGUGCACUAAUUCAUUAAUUGUAUCAUUGACUUGUUAAAUAUUUACCCUAUUUACUUUCUAUUUUUCUCAUACCCUCCCGCUAUCCAUUUUUUAAAAUUAAAAACAGAAGACGUUUCAUAGAUUGUGGACAUUAUGGGUAUAUGAGUGUCAGGAUUAGUGGAGUGACUAGUAAGAGGUUUAUAAGGGUUCUUGAAGGAGAGGAUGGAUUGAAAGAGAGAGGGAUUACGUGUCAGUGAGUUGUGGAAGGUUGUGUACUUGAAGAUUGGAAGUUUGAAUUAUGUUUUUAUUAAGAUAAAACCGGUGGUGGAGCAGCAGCAGUUGAACAUUGUGUAAGAAAGAUAGUACAGACGGCAGUUUAAUUUUUCCCAAACUGUUUUUUUUUUCUACACAUCACAAUAUACCACUUUACUCAGUUCACGCAUUGUCUUCUUCUUUACCCUCUCAGUCCAGUGGUUAGAAGAAGCAGGGUUAUGGGGCCCAGAUGUACACUGUUAUGAUAGUAUACUCAGAAAAUAAACACAACACACAAAGUAACAGAAACAAAAUCAUACAUUUCAAACAAUAAAUGACCAAUGUCUGUAAGCAAAAUCUCAACACAAAUGGCCACCCAGUAGGCUUCUGUAUAUUUACAAAUGUACUCUAAUUGGAAAGCAAAUAGUGAAAGCUUGUAGAUAUAGAGAUAAUGUAAAAAAGAUGGAUAGCACCCCUGCUUAGACGUAAAGAGUUACUCUAACCUUAUGGAACAAUUUUUUUUUUUUUUUUUAAAUUACAAUGCCCUACUGGGCAUUCCUAGCUAGCUACCCUCUCCCUUUAAAAGCGGAAAAAAAGGAUUUAAAACCUACCUGAAAUACAGCACUUGGCGAAGCUCCCGUCGCUGUUCUCCACGACGACUUUACCAAGGACCUUGUGCGGUGCAAUCAAAUGUUUCUCAUAGAGUAGUAAUUGAUUGGACAGUUCAACUGACUCAGAGCACCAAGCUUCCCCUUGCAUGAGCACUGACUGCCAUUGUAAAUUUUUCACAGUGUUGAUAUUUGCUGAGCUGCCUAAUUCAUGUGUGCAGGGGGUGUAACCAGCCCCCAGCAAAAAAAGUGAAUAUAUCUCUGGAUGUGCAGCAGUUUAAGCAGAAAUACUGCAUAUCCAGACUCCUACCACGAUGAUAAUUUUAAAUCACUGAAGUGGUCAUAGUGGUUGGAGUAAUCCUUUAAAUUACUUCUAUAGAGAUGGACUUUUGGAUAUGGGGUAUUAGAGUCAUCCUGCAUCAUCGCUUGCCAGUUCAAUCAUUCCUGACUCAGCUUGGAAUCCGAGGAUUAAGUUUGUCUGGUCAUCAUCUCAUUUGUUUUUUUUUAAUUUCAAGUCAUUUCAUGGAAUUCCCGUAAAAAGAGGGCAUAUCACGUGAUUUCUAGAAUUGAAGUAUAAGGGAGUAUUAAGCUAUUAGAAAUUUGUGAAAACCUUGGAUUUGGAGUGUUAUGGAUUCCCCCUGUUCUUUACUUGAUCCCAGAGAGUUCCAAUAGUUGUAAUAUACUGUCCCCAACCAGCCUGUUCUAUAGGCAGACUGUCCUCCCCUUUGUUGAGUUUACUCCAACAGUGUUACCUGAAGAAGUGUCUCUGUCCCCUUUUCAUUCCUAACUUGUUCUAGUUACCCCACUCUGUAACAGCGCCAGAAUACACCAUAUCACAAUAAUCCUUUUAUGUUUCAGGUCGUGUUUCUAUAUUUGUUGGAGUUUUUGGUAUGCCAUAGUGUUACAAGCUUUGUUAGGUCUGAUUGUUGUCUCAUAUUGGUGUGUUUCUAGCCAAGCAAGCUUGUAGAACAGCUUUUUAUUUUUGUCCCAUCAACUACAGUCCGGAUGUUAGCAAGACUGACCAAGGUAUAUAUAUACUUGAUGAUGUGAAUGAUUACAUAUAUAUAAAUGUGAUCGCAAUAAAAUCUCUGUUUUGCCUACAACUGCCAUCUAGUGGGCAAAAAAAAAUUACUGUGCUCUUCUCUACACCAGAUACAAACAAUUUAGGGCAAUUAUAUGUUCCUUUAAAUAUGUAUAAUGUGAAAAAUAUAUGGUGGUGGUUUUUGGAUUUAUUCUAUCAUUCCAGUUUACUAUCAGAGAGGGUUAUACACAGUCUGAAAUAAAAAGAAGCCUGUAUGGAGAUUCUAGUCAUUUGACUGCUAGCAUUGUUAGAAUAUCAAUAGUAGUUUUUUUGUUUUUUUUUCCAGCUUUACGAGAAGUUGAAAGUGAAGAAGACCCUGUCAUUUACUGGGAGGUGAAGUAUCCUUUCCCUUUAGCUAACCGUGAUGUAUCCUUUGUAUUUCACAAAAAAAAAAGUGUUUAUUCUAAUGUAGAAUGGGUAGUUUUUCUAUAUAAAGGGAUAGUAAAGUUUAAACCUUUUAAUUUUUUUUAAAAAUUUAGAAUAAUAUGGGCUAAAAAUCUAGAGACGGUUCUUUGCAGUAUGAAUUUAAAGUAGCAUUUCUACGGAGUUUUCACCUCUUGGAAUCUUUUUUAGAACCCUGUUUUGCGCUUUGGCACAUGCUACAAAUAUGACCCGGUAAUAUAAUCUUUCAGAAGCUGAAGAGGCAACAGUGGCAGCGGAGAGUGGAGGUUGGAGUGCGUUAGGAAAGUAUAGCUUCCUUUCCUUUCUUCUACCUGGUGUGGAGAAGAAUGGGAUGUGUAGUUUUUAUGAAAGGCUGAAAAAAUGUAUAGAGGUUAAGAAAGUGGACUUAAAUGUUAUAUCAUGUUUGUCAAUUCACUAUUUAGUAAAAAAACAUGACCCAGGAUUGGGACAAGAUAUUUGUCCUAACCCACAAAUGUUCCAUAAGCUUCAAGUACCAGGAGAUGAGUUAUAAGGUACUGACCAACUGGUACAGAACACCAGAGGUUCUUCAUCGCAUGAACCCAUCAUCCCCGGAGGAAUGCUGGUGCUGUAAUUUCUAUAGGGGCACAAUGCUACACAUCUGGUGGUCCUUUCCUGACAUUACGCCAUUCUAUUCUGUGAUGCACUCCAAGAUCAGGGAAAUCUCUGAAUCAGACAUCCCUAUGCUCCUGCGCGAUACCACAACCCCUCUGAAGUCCUACAAAAAAAUCCCUGACUUAACAUUUACUCACAUCAGCCAAAUCACUAAUCCCAACCAUGUGGAAGAGUCUGGGGGUGCCUACCCUCCAGCAGUGGAUAGCUAGGGUCGAGGAGAUCUCAGAGAUGGAAUAUAUCUCCCGAACAACCAGGUAAAUCCAGAACCCGGAAACUGGAUAGUGAUACUUACAACUCACUGUGGCCUGAAACCCUUCCACCCCCUCCUAGCCCCCCCUCUCUCCUUUUCCCUCCUAGGUUUGUGCAUAUGUUGGUUUUCUCGUUUAACGACAAAGGCUGGUCAAGCAGAUGUGUAAGGGGGGGGCCCUUACACAUCUGCUUGACCAGCCUUUGUCGUUAAACGAGAAAACCAACAUAUGCACAAACCUAACAGCACUGUGAUCCGACUACAGCACAACUACGUUCAAAUCUGCAACCCUGUCCAACCCUAUCCCUCUUCCUUCGGUAUACCGGGUGACCCUUGCAAUAUGAAACAUAAGUUAUGAUGCACUGAUAUUGGCAGCCUUAGUUAAACCCACAUGUUGCCAUAAUUACUGUUACUUCAUAAUGUUUUUGUGUAUGUUGACAACACUAAACAACUCAUCGAUACCUAUAUGUUACUGCCGUUGAUAAAAAAAAUUAAAUUGUUGUAAAAAAAAAAAAAAAGUGCUUGAUGACUUUUUAUUUACUACUUUUCUGCUCUGUUAAUUUGUGCCUUUAUUUCCAUCGUGUUUAUAUAUUUUUACCGUGGAACAAUCACCAGUGAGAAUUUUGAGCAACCGAAUAGUGAAGGGUCACUAUAGGCACCAGAACCACUAUAUCUUAAUUUAGUGGUUCUGGGGCAAAGUGACUGCCCCUGCAGGCUAAGCAUUGUAAACCCAUGCCUUUUUUCGCAGAAAGGUAGCGUUUACAUUGCUGCCUAUGACCACCUCUUGUGGGACUUCCUAGGUUUGGUACUGCAAACAUUGCAUGACCAUCAUUCUGCAUCUCUGCUCCCUGAUUGUCUUAGCAAUUGCCAAGAUGUGCUCUAGCCCCCCAUGCUUAUGUGAUGGGGAAUCAUUGGAUUGGCUAAGAUCAUCAAUAUUGAUGAUUUCAGUUAGUGGAGGCAGAACGACUGUUGCGAGACCAGCCAGUGUGCCCUAGGAUGUGUUAAGUAUAAAGAUAUUUUAAAAAUAAAUACAUUUUGAAUUCAUUUUGGAGGGCUUGAUAAUCUUAAAUGAUGUUAUAACACUAUAGCAUUAUGAAUACAUGUUUGUAUUCCAAACAUUAUAGUGUUCCUUUAAAGUGAUUCUAUAGUGUAUUCAAAGUUGUAUUCCUUACACUAUAGUUCCCCACUCCCCCUCGAGCUGCAAAGGUUAAAAAACCCUUGUAACACUUAUCCAAUUCCAGUGCAGAGUGUGAAGACAUCUAGUGUCAGUUAGGUGACCAAAAGUCACCUAGCAAGCAGGAAGUGCCUCUAGUGGCUGUCUGAUUGAUAGACACUAGAUGCAGUACCACAGCCCCCUUGUUCAGUACUGGUUUGAGUGUCUACUUGCAUGAAGUAAUCACUGUCCCAGUUGAACAGAUCCAGUGGUUCUGAUGAAAACCAGUAAGCGAAUCACAAAAUCCGUAAUUUGUGAAUGAAGAGAGAUUUUGUGGUCAAUUGCUAAAUAUUUAUAAUAAAAGAUGGAAUAUUCCUGCUGAAUUCACCACUUCUAGCACCCUUACCCUGCAUUGUUAUUUAUAAAUAAUCUUCAUUGCAUGUAUAGCAUACCAUCUAAAAAUAUAAAUAUUCCAACAUAAUGCAUUAUAGGUAUUUCCUUAAAAAACAGAAGAAUUAUAAGAUCAUGGGUAUGUACCCGUACAAUCUAUAGGUAUUUCCUUAACCCGUGAGAAGUAUGUCUAUGUUCGUGAAAGGCAAGAUCUGGAUGUAGAUGGAAGGAAGAUAUUUGUGAUUCUGGCCAAGAGUGUAUCAGUUAACCAUUGUCCAGAGAAGUCGGGAAUUAUCAGGGUCACUGCCUACAAACAAAGUCUGGCCAUCGAGAGUGACGGCAGCAGUGGAUGUAAAGGUGAGAUGUGGUGGACUUGACUGAUUAACACUGAACGGCCAACUCUUGGUUUAAAUAUCGUUUUCCUGUAUUAACUCUCAUAACGACAGUUUUCUUUUGUAAGGAUCUUAAAUGCUGUUCUUGCAACUGAUAUCUUUAGAUAUGAUGGAUAUGUCCUGGAAAGGCAAGACAUGUUAUAAGGGUGGACAAAAUACAGUUCAGAAGGAAAGUGUCUCAAUAACAGAGAAAGAACUUGCGGAGGAAUUUGAGUAAAGGCUUCAGGAAUAAUUGAUAGUAGGCAGAUUAGAUUUCACAUUAAUUUAGCUGUCCUGGUAUUUGGUUUUUUGUGUAAAAACAAAUGUUCAGAACUUCUAAAAACAAUUAAACACGUUAGCUUCCUCAGCAGCAGUUAAACUAAGCGAGGGAGCAGAUAAUUGAACAAUCCCUCCGACUUAUAAAUAUAACAUUCAAGUUGUUGAAAGUUGUAAUUGAUCUUGCUUCAUAUUAUAUUUAUUUACGUUUUAACAACAACUAUAAAACGUAAAACUAGAAACAUCAACAUUUCGCUUUGCACUAUGAAAUAUUCCUCUUUCUGCAGGAGAGGAUUUGAUUUAAAGUCUAUGGGAAUUUUUGUACAGAAAUCGUUUUUCUAACCGUACUGAAUCAUGUUAAAAGCUUAUAAAAUCAAGGCCAUAGCAUUAAUUCCCACAUGUGUAGAACUUUCAUUAGAACACUCAGUGCUAUUUGCAAAAAUAAAUCCAGGGUACAUAACUUGCUUGUUUAGUGUUUGACAAUCCAGCUGUAUCCUUUUUAACUUGGUUUUAAAUAUUUACCAUUAUAACCGAAUACAAUUUUUUUUUUCUUGAAAAACAAUGUGACUUUCAAAAGGUUCAAUGCAAUCUGUUCAUGGAAACUACUGGAAAAACAAUGCCAUAAUGCAGGACGUAUCUGUUUAAUAAAUAAUUCAAUGUAUCUAUGCAAUUACUUUUAUAAGCCUUUAACAUUCUAGCAGCUAUAAUCUGGUUUUACAGUCUCUCUGACCUAGUGAAGGAAGACCUGUGUGCUAUAUCUUGUGCAGGUGUAAACAAUUGUUCAGCAUAAUUUGCAUUUAUUUUUCCUAGUAGAUUGUCUUUGUAGCAGAUUCACUGGUAUGAGAGCAGCAGCAUUUUCUAAGCAGUUAAAGGAGCAUUAUGGUGAAUACAAGGAACACCUUAGAAAAAGGGCCAAUUUGUUUUUUCAAUGGAUUCUAAAUUGCGUGACAAACAAGCAAAAUUAGGGCCAUAAUUGUGAGGCUGGAAAUACAGCUGAAUCACUAUUUUUUACGAACUUGUGUAUUUUGGUAUUCAUUUGUUUUUUUUUUCUAUAAAUUCAUAAAAUCACUGUUUUGGUUUUUUUUGCAGGGUUUGGCUAUUACUGAGCCCAAGUGGCAUUAAAAAUACAGCAAUAAAAAAACAAACAAACAUGAAGUUUGUGGCACUAUAUGAGCCAACUCUUGUCUAGCUGACAUGCCUCAUUUGUAACAUCUUUUCAAUUUUGCUCUUGUAGUAUUCAUGUAUUACUUUGAUAAUCCUGGUGGUAUGCUCCCGUCGUGGCUGAUCAACUGGACAGCCAAGGUAAGAGCCCAAAAUAAGUCAUCAUAUUCUAGUUAUUUAUUUGUCAAUCUUUUUUUUUUUAUUAAGGAAGAUGCACAUAAUAUAUCAACAAUAUGACAUUAGAUAAAACAGAUUUGUAAAGCAAUACAUAAUGUUGGUUAUUAUAUGGUAAAAUGAACCUAAUCUUUUAACAUUAUAAGGAAAUAGUAAAUUUUGCCAGGCCAUACAAUAACUAGUGCAAAACUGAAGGUAUUGAAAAAAUAGUGAGCUUAACACGCAGAACCUGUUAGGUGGGGCAUAAUCUGGUUAACAACCUAAUCGUUUGAAAGCUGUAUAUCGCUGGGCUUUUGGGGGGUGGAGGGGUGGUGGUCUUAUCGCUAGGCUUGUAUGAGCCAGUGGCCAAAGCUAUAUUAACAUAAAUGUUGCGAAGUGUACAAACAGAAUUAUAUAAUAUAAUAUAUAUAUAUAUAUAUAUAUAUAUAUGUUUAAGGCCGAAGGCCUGUAUUUGUGGGAGGAGUUAGCGUUCCUAUAUAAACGCUACUCCCCCUUUCCUAUCUUGCCAUACGCACGCUGUUCACCUAGUCUCUGUGACAGCUGAACCUCCGGGUCUUUCGUCUGCCGCUCUUCCGGUCCUGGCGUCCUCUCAGUUCUCCCGCUAACCAUUUCGUGCAAUCAAACUGCCAAAACAUACGAACGCCAUUAAUCGGCAAAUAGCCGCUUUCGACAAAUUCAAUCAUAUAAGCACUUUUUUUGGUUUUUUUCCCUUUCUUAUUCACACGAACAAACACUGGAACAAGCUAAACAGGCGAACGCCGUUACAAUAUUUAUGUUCACAGCAGCAGAACAUCUAUCUGCAUAAAUAAACACUAAGAGAACAAUACAAGCUUGAUUAUAUCAAUCAUCUCAUUUCUAGCUCCUGCACUAUAUACAAACAAACACUCUUUUGGAGCAUUUUCCUUUUAACAAGGGUUUAAACAUAUCAUUGUCCUCUUAUUUUUUGCUCUGACAUUCUUGUUUGGUAUCCUUUGGUAUACAGUGUCCAGGUCUGCAACAUGAACUGUAUAACGCUUAAUCCAAAGCACCUAAAGUUCCAAAACACUACAAACACCCCCUUAAAAAGGCAUGACAGCUUCCCGGUGAGACAAACAGAACAUUUAUCCUGAAAAAUAUUAGUUGUCAUAUAAGCUCCGAUUUAGUUUUCAUACUUCAAAAGUAUGCACCAUCUCUCCGUUGAAAAUUAAAUUUCUGUGCGUUAUUGAUUUUCUGUUAUCAGCCUAAAAAUGAGUUCGUUCAAGUUUGUCCUUAUCUGCAUUUGUAUUAUUGAAGAUAGAAUUAGAAUUAAGGUACGUUAUUAGGAUUUGCACUAAUCUGCUCUGGUCUGUCGAAGUGUACACUUAUUUGUAUUAUUGUUUAACUAUUUACUUGAUUAUUUUACUCGACCAUCGAUUGCAGCUAUUACACGUGCACAGUUAAAGGAACACUAUAGUCACCUAAAUUACUUUAGCUAAAUAAAGCAGUUUUAGUGUAUAGAUCAUUCCCCUGCAAUUUCACUGCUCAAUUCACUGUCAUUUAGGAGUUAAAUCACUUUGUUUCUGUUUAUGCAGCCCUAGCCACACCUCCCCUGGCUAUGAUUGACAGAGCCUGCAUGAAAAAAAAAAAACUUGUUUCACUUUCAAACAGAUGUAAUUUACCUUAAAUAAUUGUAUCUCUAUCUCUAAAUUGAUCUUUAAUCACAUACAGGAGGAUCUUGCAGGAUCUAGCAAGCUAUUAACACAGCAGGGGAUAAGAAAAUCUUAAUUAAACAGAACUUGCAAUAAAGAAAGCCUUUAAACACUUUCUUUACAGGAAGUGUUUAUGGAAGGCCGUGCAAGUCACAUGCAGGGAGGUGUGACUAUGGUUCAUAAACAAAGGGAUUUAACUCCUAAAUGGCAGAGGAUUGAGCAGUGAGGCUGCAGUGGCAUGUUCUAUACGCCAAAACUGCUUCAUUAAGCUAAAGUUGUUCAGGUGACUAUAGUGUCCCUUUAACCAAUUUCACUAUCUGGUUAAACAACAUUCAUGUCAAUCAAGUUAAUUCAUGCAUUUACUAUUCUAUGUGAUUAAGUUAAACAAUGUAGUUAACUACAAAAUGUAAUGUAUUUCUUUAUCCGUUAAAACAGAUUAUAUAGUAGACAGUAUGCGAUGCUGGUGUAUAUAUGAAUCAAUCUCCUCUGUUCAGGCCUUUAUCGCCACCAGACAGUUUCUACUCCGGUUACGGACAAACGAACGCUCAACACACCUGCUAUUCCUAGUUCGUUUUCAGUUUCCAUCCGAUACGUCAUAUCGUGCAUUUACUAUUACAUCCGGCUAGGUUGAGUGAAUCUUAACAACAUUGUCCAUUUCAAUUCAUGCACUAUUCUGGUAAUUUAAUUAUGGGAAUGUAGUACACCAAAGGAAUACUGCUAACUAUACAACUGUUUCCUGAUAAGAAGGGGGGAUAUCUAUUGUCUUUUCAUUUUUGAGCCUAAACUGUUUGGAAUCCGUUUGUUUCAAUUCCCUCCCUUUAGGUAAGAAUGCCCCUACUUUAAGCCUAACAUUAUCACGUCAAUACAUUAAAAUAUUGUUGUCAGAUGAUUCAGACGGAUACAUUUGACACACUGCAAUUGAACAAUCUCCAUUGCAUUUAUAUAUAAGUUUCACUAAUUUAUAUGGAGGUUGCCUAUUCCCGUCUGCUAAAACCUUUAAUUGACAUGAUUGGCGUAAUCCAAUAACUAAUUAAGAGGAGGCUGUUUAUAUAUUUAGAGGGCACCUUAAGACGAUCAUUUCCCUUCUAAAACAGCACCUUAAUUUCAGGUUUGGGACGGCAUUCUACCAUUAGACACUUACUGGUUCUUUAUUGUCUCCUCUCUCUAUCAGGUACGAACACAUUUUCGUUCUCGUUUCAAUCAACUGCCUCAACAAGGCCACGCAUUAACACUAUGGGGUAUUAGGGUACAGGGGCUUGAUUCCCGCCUUUCCUCGACAGGCCAUGGCACCACUCGAUUACACGUUAUACGUUUAUUCAAACUCACUAUCUGUAAACAAUCAUCCGGUUUCUAACAAACCUGGCUCAUUUCACCUUCCACUUUCCACCAGGUACUACCAUGCUUUCACGGCACAACGCCGUUCUUAUCUCCCUUCAGGGAUAUAUAGUAGCCACCAGGGGAGUCUUCAGCACCCUCAGGGCCUAAGGUUACCAUACUAUCAGCUAUGUCUCCAAGAACUACACGGUGCUAAACACAAUUUCUCUUUCUCCUCUCCCGUCACCACAGCUCCUUUCCUCUUCUGUCUUCCUCCUUUCUUCCCCUUCCUUGUUCUCUUUCUCUGACACAGGAGUCUCAAGGUUCCUUUGACGAUCAAAUACGUUACAUUACCCCCUCAUCAAGCCCCCGUCUAGGGUCAGGGAACUGGCUGUCUAGGUUUAGGAACUGGCCCUAGUCGUACAACGCAGCUGGUCCCGCGAGGCCAACUACCCAAUCUCGGCACAGAGAUUUUCGCCCCUCGGUCCAAAUCAUAGUUAGAGCCUCGCAUUCACCCACCUAUCUGGUUUAUAGUUAGGGCCUCACCUGUCACGGCCACACGUUUUUGGAUUUUUUACGGUCACCAAGAGGCCGACACCCCGCCACCACGCUAGUGGCUCGAGCCCCACGACCAAAUCAUAGGUAGAGCCUCUCAACAGCCACUUGGCAACUAGCAGGGCCUCACUUGUCACGGGGUAGAGAGAUUUUUGCUUCGGCGCUAGUUAGCCAGCCAGUUCUACAUUUCUCAACAGUAUUGUUAUUAAUCAAUUCAUGCUUGUUGUGGAAUUUUUUUUCCCAGUAUGUCUCAAGAAGGCAACAUUAGAAAAGGACCAUCCCUCCUUAGCGCAACCUCAGAGCCGGACACUGAGAAUUCUGUGUUGUGGACCAGCUCACAAGGAGAAAUCUCAGGCAUUAUUGGAAAUCUAAACUGCAUUCUGGCUACGCUUCAGUCUUUCAAUAUAGACUGUCUAACUUAGAGAGCACCAGUCCGGCUCAGAUAGGCCCUUCUCCCGUAGGGUCCACAUACACAUUUGAUCCCACCAACGCUCAGGGUUGGCCCACGCAUCACCUUUCACCCCCCCCUCACUUUCUGAGUACUCACCCGCUAAUUUGUGUUGAUUUCAACACAAGCAUAUGUAGUUCUAUCAACUGCAAAUUGCUUCACAUAUGCGCCAUAUGCAUCGGGGCUCAAGUCAAAACCAUCUGCCUGUAUAUAUCAUAUCAAAGGUCAUGAGUACAGAGGGAAUAAGCUUGACGUUAUACAGGAGUCACAUCCGUCUACGCACUUGGUGAUUUAAUCAUUAGACGUGUUCCACAUUAGGUGGGGAUCACUCCCAGUAGGCACCCUAGAGGAUCCAUUCUCAUCGGCUAGACAUGUAUCACAUACUGGAAACAACCAGCAAUACUCUAAUAAACAACAUCUCAUCAUUGAUCUGCCUGCUCCUCAUUCAGUCGCAACCUAUGCCUUAACUGCCUCAUAUCAUCCGCCUAAUUCUCUUACAGGCUUCAUGUCAUAGGUUCAUACCAAUUACGGUACCAUACAGUCAAGUCUCCUGAGGAUAAGAUCAUGUGCAGUCGUGAAGACGAACAAGUCCCUUCAUCGGGGAACUUGAAUUUGAAAGACCUGCAAUCAUUGCCGGGUUCUUGUACGUCACUAUGCGCACUAUCCCGCUGGGCAGUUCAUUCAUUUACUGGCAUGCUCGCUACCAGGCCUGCCUGACGAAGAUAGUGUUAUUAGAUCCUCUGGCAAGGCAGACCUGGUCAAGUGGGGGAAGUCAAUCGAGCUCGGAAUUGGGUUUCUGUGUUCAUCCCGCCUGGUUCCGACCAACUCCCAAUCUUUUGUACAGAUGAAACCUGUGACGAGACCAAUCUCGCCACUGUGCAUUGGAGGAGCCUGGUUGCCUGCCUGCUGCCUUUUGACUAUGGACCGGCAUUUAAAUACUUUAUUUUCCUAUGCAGAAAAGUCUAUUCAUGUAUUUCUGCCCGGGCGUUGGGUAGAUUCUAUCUACCGAACAAACGGCCGUCUAUUGGCCUCCCAGGAGCCGCGGUUAGCUGGCAGGCGCCGUUAAUCGGCCGCCCAGAAGCCGGCGAGUGCCGCCUUUUGACCACCCAGAAGCUGCGGUUAACUGCAGCUUAAUGGACUAUACCGGCUGGCCGCGGCUACGCAUACUGAACACUGCAUGGCAGCAGUCUGCAGUUCACACGCGGCCAGUUCAUUCACGGAUUUAAUGAAUGAACUCAUUUAACCCAGAUAGCCUAUUCGUGUAAUAAAAGACUUUGGCUCCAUGGCAAUGAACUGUAUGUGUGUGGUCUGAGCGCCAUUCAGUAAUAAUGUGCGCUCAGACCUAAGCUAUCUGGGGAUAUGUUGCAUGUCUGUAUUUUAUGUAAUAAAUGUAACCUUGUGUAUUUUACUGUCUUUUUACUGCCAUGUGCUUAAUGGAGUUUUGCCUCUGUCCUUGGAGAUAAUUGGAUUACUUCCCAAUCAUCUCCAGGAUAGAGAGGAGAGAUUGUGAUGUAAUUGUGGGAGUGGUUAUCUGUGUUGUAUGUUUUGAUUGGGUGUUCCACAAAACCCUGUGGGUGGGACUUUGUCUGUAAAAUGGGUAUAUAAGAACAGUUCAUGAGGAACCUAGUGUUCAAGAAUCUGCAAUACCGGGCAGAAAGAGAAGGUCAGCUGGCACGUUGGGAGGAACUCCAGCGGCAGGUACUGCAGGGAGUUUGGAGCCCAGUCUCCAUUCCCCAGCGGCAGUGUGAUUAAUAUACUCAUUUAACCCAGAUAGCUAUGCCAUGGAGCCUAUUCAUGUAAUAAGACAUUGGCUCCAUGGCAAUUGAACUGUAUGUGUUUAGUCUGAGCGCCAUUCAGUAAUAUUGUGCGCUCAGACCUAAGCUAUCUGGUAUAUGUUGCAUGUCUGUAUUUUAUGUAAUAAAUGUAACCUUGUGUAUUUUAUUGUAUUUUACUGUCUUUUUACUGCCAUGUGCUUGAUGGAGUUUUGCCUCUGUCCUUGGAGAUAAUUGGAUUACUUCCCAAUUAUCUCCAGGAUAGAGAGGAGGGAUUGUGAUGUAAUUGUGGGAGUGGUUAUCUGUGUUGUAUGUUUUGAUUGGGUGUUCCACAAAACUCUGUGGGUGGGACUUUGUCUGUAAAAUGGGUAUAUAAGAACAAUAAACCCACAGCUCUGUCUGUUCCUUUUUGACCUCAACACAGAGCCUUGUCUCGUUCUUGGGGGUGGGGGAUUUAUUGUAUGCUGUUCCAGUUCGACUGCUAGGAGUGUAAACCUUUCGUAUGGUUUUUCCUAUUCGACUGUUUACAGCAUUUGUAGGUUUGAGAGCAUUCAUAUGCUUCUCCGGUUCGGUGGAUUGGUGUCUACAGUAGCUGCCUGUAUAUCUGGAAGGGAAUAUCUCCUAAACUUCUUUUAACCCCUUUUAUGCCUGGGGGUGCCGUUACAAAACCACAAUCCUGGGUUGCAGCAUUUACAUAACUAUUAGGGAUUACUGACCAAGAGACAAUAGGUCUUGUACCUCACCCAACUGACAAACACCCGAGCAUAAUCCGCAUUUCAACGUCCCCAUCCGGUCGCCCGGCUAUAGGGGCUCGACAACAAGUUAUCACCUAUGGCGUUAUUCGCUUUCACUAAGAAUACAUACGACAGAGAUGUGACAUUCUUCCAAGACUCAGUGGAACACAACAUCCACAAGCAUACCGUUCAAACUGUAGUCUAUUAUGCCACAUUUUUGCCACCUUUCAUUCAAACCUUCAUACAACACUAUCGCACUAUAAUAAUCAGACAUACAACAACACGUUCUGACAAGCCUUUCAAACCAUAUCCUGUCUUCUUAAAUGCUCACCAUAAGAUAUCAAAUAACUGGUUCAUCACUCCACAAUAACAUACAUCCAUAGAUGGGAAUUCCGAGCAGCAUCAGACUCUCUAGACAGCAUCCGUACCACACAAACCUGGUCUUAAACCUCUGUGCCUUUAACCUUCCAAGGGUUCUGGAGCCCUACAACUUCACGGUCACAGCUAAUCAGACUGGCAAGUCAUGUCUCCUCAAGGAAGAUUUAAGAAGGUACAGACACUACCUCAUGUCACGCCAACAUUCAAACCAGACAAUCAAGACACUUGAUCUACUUAAUAAUCCCCUAACUACUUCUAAUGCAGUUCUACAUUCGUGCUCCUUGCAUUAGAUUAGGUUGGGACCCUGACUCAUAUUUAGGACAUCCAUUUCAAUAAGUACCGCAUCCAGUAGCAGUACGCUGGUACACAUAAUAAAUUAGGUUCACUGGAAAUCAGCUACGUUAUACAGAACAUUCCACAACGGAUAAGAGGUAAGGCAAUCAAAUCUUAUGGGAUAAUUAUAAUGCAAUAAGUGUGUUUUUCUUGCAUUUCAUUUUGCCCUCUUUUACAGGCCUACCCCCUACGUUGGUUCCGGCACACCACACCGACUUAAUUCCAAUCACAAGGUAUUUUCACGAUAACGAUCUUAACCGACCACAAGUUUAAGGCCCCUUCCUACUUUUCCGUACGCACGCUGUUCACCCCACCCACCUCACCCUAUUAUACAAUCCAUUUGGGGGGCCCUCUUUUACAAGCCUACCCCCUACGUCGGUUCCGGCACACCACGUCGACUUAAUUCCAAUCACAAGGUAUUUCACGAUAACGAUAUUAACCGACCACAAAUAUAUAUAUAUAUAUAUAUAUAUAUAUAUAUAUAUAUAUAUAUAUAUAUAUAUAUAUAUAUAUAUAUAUAUAUAUAUAUAUAUAUAUAAAUAAAAGGGGGGGGGGAAACUACAAUUGCCAGCAGAGACCUUAAAGGUAAAACUUAGAAAAGAAAAAUGCAACAGGUAGAACCAACUGGUACAGACCAAUCUGGUAACUCUUCAGCCAUCCCCCAGGACAUUUCUUGGUGAGAAUGGAAGAACAUUGUCAAUGUCCCAUUAAGUAGCUGAUGUAGAAGCUUGUGGGAGAGGGUACUGCUCAUUCAGGCAGAGUGCCCGAAAAAUUUGGGUGCCCCAGUGGGACAGUCUAGCCUGGUUCCUUGCCAUCUCGAUUUAAGAGCAGGAUGUUUGGAAGGCCCCAUCUGUAUGUAAGUCCUGUGGCUUGCAGAUGCUGGGUGAUAGGCCAUAGGGCUCACCGGGUGAGUUUUGCCCUGCUGAGGUCUACGUAGAAAAAAAGGUUUGAGUCUUCAAACACCAGCGGUUGUUUUGGUCAGACCACAGCCAUUACUGCCUUUGUGUCAGCAAGAUUGCUGGCUUACUCUGGGGGAACCCUCUGGAUAGCUGGAAUACCAUGGGGCUCAAAUAAAAAAAUUUAAAACAGGAUAGACCAAGCCCCGGUCUGACUAUUAGCGAUCUGUGGAGACAAGCGCAUGGCGCGAAUGGGCCCAAAAUGGCUACCGUAUCUGGAGGCUGCUCAGACUCCUCUGAUGAGCUGUCCUACGAAGCGGAGGAUGAACUUUUACUGGCACCUGUAAAGCCACCACAGGCCCCGACGGCACCAGAUUCCUCCCCGGGGACUACCACCGUCCUGAAGAAGCUCCUGGCAGACCUGCAGAAAAACAUAAUUACGGAUAUGGCCACGUUCUGCGUAGGUAUGCAGGGACUGACAGACUGCAUUGAUGCACUGGAGGGAGCUUCCACUAAAAGAACACAGCAAAUGGAGUCGCUCCAGCAAGCUGUACAUGACCUACAGCAACAGAACCAACUAUAUGAACGCUGCUUUGCAGCACAGGAGGAUAACAGAUGUAGGAACAACCUGAAGGUUAGAGGAGGUCCUAAGAGUGUCCAAGAAGCGGAACUACCACACUUAAUGAGGAGACUGCUACUGGCCUUUUUACCACCAAGGCAGGCCAAGAUGGUGAUCCUGGAUGAACUCUUCCAUAUUCCAAAACCAGCCAAAGCUCCAGUCACGGCCUUAAGGGACCUGGUGGUCCAUUUCCAGAAUGGGAAAGAUAAAUCAGCGGUCUUGGCUGCCCUUCAGGGGAAGUCACCUUACCAAUUCGAGAACAUGAUGUUGGCAUUUUAUGCGGACGUGUCUGUCAGGACCUUGGCCUGGCGGAGGUCACUCAAGCCACUUACCUCCCUCCUACAACAGCACAACGUUUAGUACUGCUGACGUUAGUCCCAUACACUCCUAGUUACCCAUGUAGACGCAACAUACCCCUCCAAGAUCUUCACGGAGCCACUGCUCUUUUGCGAGAUCUGGGACUUCCACAGGACUCUUUGACACGAGGAGGCCCUACUAAAGUUCUUAAACCUCCACACACCUGGGACCCAGCAAGGAUUACUCCGUUUGUUCCACAACAGUCCGCACCAGACUCAUAUACUGCUCCUACCACCUGAAUCUCAGUAGGGGACUAUGAUCUGCAAACCACUGGGUUCCUCUGGGCACUGUAAAUUCUCAUAUGCUCAAGUAUUGUUUUUCUUUUUUUCUGAUUAUUUUUGUUGUUGCUCAUUAUUGGUCCACUACCUAAGAUAGUUGUCAUCUCCUGUUCCAGAGCAGACCAACGUAUAUAAGUACCUAAAUCCCCCCCAGCCUCAAAGCUCUAACUGGAAGCAUGAGCACAUGUUAGACUAGAGAGGUGUUAAACUCUUCUUUAUGAGUAUAGCUUAAGCAGCUUAUUCGCCUUGAUCCCAACCCAGAUCUACCGAUCUUCUCUCUCACAUUUGUUACAUAUCUUGUUUAUUUUUACUCAUUGAUAGUAAAGCUUAGUAUUUUACACUACCCAUCACAAUCUAACCAUCGACCACACACGCUACUGUUACACGAUGCUGUCACUUAGCUUAAGCUGCUUACGCCACACUGCGGUUGAGCCUAACUUGGCAUGAUAUACUUAGUCUCUUUUCUAUAAAAUGUUUUAAUCCAUGUUUUUUUAUGUUUCAUCCAAGUGCUAUUUCUGCAUAUCUGAAAGUUUAACUAGUUUGCGCCACCGGCACUGUUGCCACAUACUGUAAAGCAUGACUACGGAUUGAUGCAAAAGUAAAGAAUAACAAAAAAAACACUUUCAUUUAUUUUUAAAUUAUGUAUACUGGUUUUUAUUUUGAGAAAAUGUCAAAUUUUUAUUGGGUCAGAUUGUACGGUUAUCUGAGCAACUGCUGCUCGUCCCAACUGCUGCUGUGAUUUCCCUGUGUGAACAUAACGCAGCAGUUAGGUUGAACAGCAGUAGGUUAGCUAACGGUAGAAUUUGACACAAGAUGACUGUUCAGCCUCAUUUCUAAAAAAAAAAAAAAUGAAAAUUUCUUUAAAGGAAAAUUUAGUCUCUAAGUACCUUAUGCCAGCAUGGAUUGUUUUACAUUAAGUACAGGUUGAACUUGAAAGCAUCAUUCAAUUUUGUAACAUUUAUUGUUAUGACAGCUCUCAUUGUCAUUGUUCUGUAAGGGGCUAAUAUCUGUAAUAUGUUGUGCAACAAUCAUAGAUGAUUCUAAAUGAUUUAUAUUCGUAGAAAUUGCAAGGCAAAAAAAUGUCAGCUUAGAUUGUUUAAAUUAGGCCAAGCUAGGAGAGAGUAGUAUUCUCUUGACCAAGCAGUUGAGCAGUUUAGUUUACCCUAAAAAUUUAACCAAUAUCGUCGCUUUUUGAGUAAUUGCCACAUGGACAGUUUGUAUACAUUUCUCCUGUUCAGGUGGUUGUUUGCUGACUUUGGGAUUCUGGGAUUUGGCUUCCGAAUAGUUUUGAUAAUUGGACAAUUCUCUUUUAGUGAAAAAGACCAACAACUGGUUGAGCAUGGAAGUACCUUCUAAUAAAGACAGGAUUUAGCAAAUGAGGAUUUUCUAGAAUAGGACUAGGCAACCUUUGGUGCUCCAGAUGUUAAGGACUAUACCUCCUCUGAUGCUGUGCCAGCAUUAUGACUGUAAGAAUUAUGAGAGAUAUAGUCCAUAACAUCUGGAGUUCCUACCAUCUGAAAGAACAUCCCUUGGUCAUUACAACACUUUCUGUGACCCCUGUUUUUUUUAAUAAUUUUUUUUAUUCAUUUAAGGUUUUUUUUUUUAUGUCCAGUUUCCUUUCUAAACCUCUGCACAUGUGGCAUUGAAACAGCUCGGUAUUUAUUUUAUUACUGAUCCUGAAUAAAGCAGAUGAGGAUGCCAAUUAAACAAUUCCGAAUACUUAUGUAAUUUGUUUCGUAUCCUGUCGCUCAGUAGUCAGAUAAGGGGAUUGACGUAAGGAGCUGAGGAUAUUGUACAUGACCUGAUUAGAAGAGUCUCUUGUGUUGGAAGGGGAAGGGUGUGGGAGGGCAAGUGGCUGUGGAAAUAUUAGGGUAUUGUGUAUGAAGGCGAUUUAAAGAAACUGUGGCUGUCUGUAUCUCUUCAAUGACUGUAACAGUGGUUUAACUCUUUCAGCAGUAUUUUAUCAUUGACAUUUUUACAGAGUUAAUCAUGUAUGGGCCAUAUAAAAUUAUUUACACACUUAUAAACACACAAUUUAAUUGGCUUCAUUGGCUGAUAAUGGGUAAGGGUCUAUAACCUAGAACAGGGAUAGGCAACCUUCAGCACUCCAGUUUUUUUUGAACAUCUCCCAUAAUGCUCUUACAUCCAUAAUGCUGGCAAAGGAUCAUGGGAUGUGUAGUCCAAAACAUCUGGAGUGCCGAAGGUUGCCUAUGCCUGACCUAGAAAAUAGCAGACCAAUUUGCAGUCUCUUAUUCUUUUAUGAGAACACUGACCAUUCAGCUCUUGCUAAAAUUACAGAUGUUUUACUCUCAGCCUCUCUACCCUCCUCUUUAGUAGGCUUCUUCAAUUUCCGUCAAUUUCAGUCCGGUCUGUGAAGAUAUCUGUCUACUAAACCCUGCAAGUCUCCUAGACCUGAUAGUUUAGCAGCACCCUACAAUAAGACUUUUUCAAAAAGGUUUUUUUUUUUUUUAACAUUUUUUAUUUUUGGAGUGCUGUGAAAUGCAUACAGAAUUAUAUUGAUAUGACAACAACAGUAGAGAUGACAAGAAAAGUAACAGAUAUGUUAUAUAACAUGUUGAUAAUUCAGCACUUUUUAUGAAAUAGUCAAAACUUGCUAAAACUGUUAUGAAGAAAAAAUAUUGAGGGAUGACUUUUUUAAAUACAGGUAUAACAAGGGACUUGCUGCAUUUCUAGAAGUCCAUUUAGUCACCCUGCCAAACCUGGGGAAAUGACCAAUUUUAUAUUAAAAUGUGUAACCAAUAUAUUUCUUAAAUGCGGACUACAAAAUGUAUGCAGAAAUUCUAGCGAACUGCAUGAGCAGUCUUUUCCCACAAUUUUUUUCAAUAUCACCCUGUAGGUUAUGUGAAACACUGACAAUCAUUGGAUGCCAGUAGGAAAGUUAUUGACCUGAUUCAUCAUGAAAUUGGGGGGAUGCGUCCAUGGUUUGGCAGAAUGGCAGCUCUUAAAACAAUGUCACUUCUAAAAUUGCUAUCUGGUUUUCCAAUUAUUCCUCUCCCCUUUUCUAUUAAAAUGUUGAUAUUCAUUCAGAGAGCUCUUAAUUGUAUUGCGAAUAAUUACAAAAGAUCAAUGGUGAAAAUCUCCACCUUUUAGUUACCUUCCCCCAGGGGAGAAAUUGUCCUUCCAAAUAUUAUUUCAUGUUUCACAAGCCCCUUAUCUAAAAUCUCUCUUUAGCCAUUUUAAUCUAACAAAUUAGUGGCAGAAUUAAAUAGAACUUUCCUUGAUGUAUUCUAGAAGGAAACGUAAUUAGCUUACAGGCUCCACAAAAAUUUGUUAUCUCUUUGGAUAUACUUUUUUUACGCAAAUUUAGAGACUAGCUACAGCUACUGAUAAAUUGAUGACUCUUUAGUUAAUCAACAGCCCGAGGUUGAUAAUUGAGCUCUGGCUCAACGAAGGCUUCAACCCUUUACCCAAUUCAGGUGUUUAAUGCUAAAAUUAAUUGUAGCACAGAGAAAUUAAAAUAAUAUCAUGAUCUAGAGCAGCAGUUCCCAAACCAAUCCAUAUGGCCCACCAAUAAUCCAGGAUUUAUGUAUUUCCCUGUUUUAUUCCAAUGGAGAUUCUGACAAAAACUGGACUGUUGCUAGGUCAUGAGGACUGGUUUGAUUUGAGAACCACUAACCUAAUGGAGAAGAUAAUUUGUAAUGUGAUGUACCUGCUUUUUAUAUAUAAGCUAUUGAUGGCAUUUUCAGACUUCAUUUGUGCACCUCAUUUUCAUUUCGUUUACAGAGUGGUGUCCCAUCUUUCUUAACUGACAUGGAGAAGGCUUGCAAAGGCUACAAUCAAUCCACAGUGAAGACACCUUCAAAUUAAUGCAUUAUCUGUUAAACCAAAUAGCUAUAGCUAAUAGAAUUGUGGUGGAUGGAAAAUUAAAUUUAUAAAACCAAAUGGACUGACUCACUGCUGCUUUAGCUGAGCCACCCAAGAAGACCAGCUGUAUGGGCUAAGAGCCCUGAUUUUUGUCAAACUCCUCAAAACCAUUUUGACAUAAACUGGGGAGGGUGGCACCCAAAGACUCUGAGCCACAUCACCACUACAAUGAGCUGUACCUGUUAUGGCACCACGAUUGCCACUUUAAAGCAGCACUCCAAACACCAUAACCACUAAGUGUGCUGUAGUGGUUGUGAUGCCAGGAAUGGCCUGGCAACUUCCCCAAUGUAAAUAGUUAAACUACCCCUUCCUCUCUCUGUCUCCAUUACAGCCAACAGAGAGCUGUAAGCACCUGCUUUGAAGCUUCUGUUAGCCCGCUAAGCCCUGCACUGGCAGGGUUAGCUCAUACCUAGAGCUUCCUGCUCUCUGAAUGCUGUCGUGCAUGUGGGGAGCAGCGCCCAGCUGACCCCAGAUAAGAAGUCAAACCAUUUUAAAACAGGAAGACAGAGGGCACUCCUAGCACCAUAACCAUUGCAGUACACUGUAGAGGAUAUGGUGCUUAGUGUUCCAUUAAAGCUAAAAUUGCUGGACUGAAAAUGUUCUCCAACUCCUUGUUUAAAACGUUUUGUCCUGUUGUUUAGGUUUACAGGUCACUGUUAAUUGAAUAAGACGUUUAUGUGUUUUAUACUAAAUAUGGCAAACUCAGGUAAAAACAUUUCACGGAAAUGUUUGAAAAUGUGAAAUCUACUAGCAAUUUCAGCCUUUCAAUGCUUUGCCCAGACACUAUGACAGUUUAAGGGACACUCUAAGGACCAAAACCAUUACAGUUUAAUGUUAUGGUAUUGGUUCCUAGAUUCUUUUCAAACAGGCUGACAAUUGUAAACAUUGACAUUUCCGAGAAACAGCAAUGUUUGCAGUUAGUUUUCCUCUAUAUAUCAGACAGCCACUAGAGGGACUUCCUAGUGAAGACUAUAUAAAAAUGAAGUCUUCAAAUUCUCCCAUUCAGCAUUAAACAAUUUUUAAUGCUAACAUAGAGUUCGCAGCAGCCCACCAACUCCCCGCUGCUGGGACGGACUAUUAAGGAGGCAUGAGCAAGGGCAGCAAUGGUUGAAUAAUAGCAUCAGCUUACUUCUUUCAGCCUAGGUAUGCUGGUAUGAAUUGGUAUGGCUAGAAGAAAAUGUGUAAUCGCUGCGUUAGCCAUACCCCAAGUAGGGGCUAGACUGUGGGUGGCCUGGCAACUUUAUUUAGUGUUAAACCACUCAAAAAUUAUUUAACAUUUAAUGGAAGGGCAAAUGCCAGGGACUCACUUUAAUAGGACCCUCUUAUUGUUUUAAUUAUUAGUUAAUAUUCCUCCUUUACGAUAAUCUACACUUGAUCUAAAUAUCUAAUUCUGUUAUUUAUGUUUUGUUGUUUUCUCUGUUAUGAGAUGUAGUUGUUAAAUUAAUAUUCUUGUUUCUUGUGUUAUAUACAUCCUUUUAAUUUCAAU